AUGUUCCUCCUCUUUCUUGCAAUACCUGUUCUUUCUGCGCCUAUCAGCGCUUCGGUGGUUUGUUACAAGAAUGCGUUAGUCUGGUGGGACAUGCUAGUAUUCCUUGGCUCCAAUUUCAUCGCUCAUGCAGCCACCGUUCCCACAACCGCCGGCGCCAAGCCCUAUGAUACGCUUCUAUGGACCAUUGUUGUACUUUUCCUCCCAUUCGCCGGCCUCGGAAGGUCUUGGGGGAUGAUCAAGCGUUAUGUCUCCGUUCACGACGGUGAUAAUGUUCAGCUCGCGUUGGCUCGGGGGGCUCUCGUAUUCGUUGCUCGAAAUGAGAAGUGGGAGCCGUCAGAUAUGCACGAGGAGCUCGUGUAUAUAAAAUUACCCGAAGGACUCAAGAGAUUGGACGAAAUUAACGAACAGACUGCUGAGUCGUCCACCGUCGCUCUUUACGCGGUUCAUAAUCGCUCCAAGAACCCCCGUGAUCCCAUAGCGCACACAGAGGUGGAUCUAAGCCACUGCAACUUCAAUGGUGAGAUGAAGCUGCCUCGCGGAUACACCUGGGCUGCGGUCAAUAUACCUUUUGGGUUGUACAUCAUGAAAACCAGCUUGGAGCCGACAAAGGGGAUCAUGCUCGCACGCUCGCAGAGCUGGCUGAAGAUGGCCGUAUCAAUCGCCCAGCUCCUUGCAGCAUCCAUCACGAUUUACCGCUCACGCGGCGACCAACUCUACAGAUACGGAUAUGCCGCAUAUGGCCUCACUGUCAUUCCCUACGCAAUCAUGACGGCCGCAAAUUUCAUGGCGAUGUACCUGAUUAGCGACUAUCCAUGCAUAUACGUUCUCCGAACGUCCAUUGUGGAGGAAGCGGCGAAGCGUCCUGACGGCCUGUUUGACGGGGUAAUCGGGACACUGAAACGCCCCCGAUUCCCUCAGCCUCCGGAACGCCCACUGUCUACCGCGAAAUCAGAGGCCGACGUCGAGCCUUGUUCAGUUCUCGAAUCCCAUGCUCCCCCAGACGCAUCGCUUGAGAAGCAUAUAACUCAGCUGGAAGUACCGCCCCAAAAUCUGAGGGCGAGCUUCGGUGCCUCCGCCGAGUCUCUUAUGUCGAGCAUGGAUCCCGGAUGGGUAGCGGCGCACCUGAUGCUCGAUGCUCGCACACAUUAUGAGGGGACUAGAAUGCUAAUCGUCAGAGUCGGGGAGACUGUCAGGAGAUUUAAGUAUACUACCAAUGUAGACGCCGCUCACGUCACCUACCGCUUUGGCAUCGGCUCGGUCACCAACGAGGACGUUCCUGUAGGCGCCCUGGUGAAUGUAAUCAAGACCCGAUUCAUGCGAGUACCCGUGAUCUGGAGACGUCGCAUCCUGACGUGGGGAUUUCUCUUCCUGGCAUUCGUUCUACCGUAUAUUCUCCUCCUCGUUCUGACCGGUUUCAAGCGACAAAGCAGUACCCCAUCCGAGCGCGCAUGGACCCUGGCGUGGCUCUGUGCAAGUCAAGUCUCCUAUAUCCCGUUCGCGCGUCAUGCAGAAGGUGCUCCCUACACGUCGCUAAACCACCUGAUAUGGCGCGGGUGGCCCUUCUUAUUAUUCACCACUUUGAUGAUGGUCGCUGCGGUUGGAGGCUACGUCGUCGCUGGCAAGAUGUUUAUCCAAGACAACAAUGGGCUUGCUCAGUGCUCCUGA